UGAAAUUGUCAGUGAUGUGUGCCACCGCUUGUCAGUAGCUCAGCUGGACUGUGAUCUCAACAUGUUCAUCCUCUGCAACCUGGUUACACUGAUACUCGUGCUGACUCUUGGUGGUCAAGUUCACACAGGGGAGAUCUUUGGAGGCCAUGAGGCUGUGGCACAUAGCAGGCCGUACAUGGUGCUGUUGAAGCAGCACACAAAGAACGAGAAAACAAAACAAUGUGAUGGCUUCCUGCUGAAUGAGGAUUUUGUGAUGACUGCAGCCCACUGCCAAGCAGAGUCCUACACAAUCUCACUGGGAGUUCACGACGUCCAUAAAACGGAGGAAAUACAGACUGUAUCAGUGAAACAAGCAUUUCCACAUAAAGACUACAAUGCUAAUAAAUAUGUAAAUGAUAUAAUGCUUCUGAAGUUGAGCUCCAAGGCAAACUUCAGCAACAAUGUGAAACCCAUUGCUCUCGCAGGCCAAACUGAUGACUCUCUGCCUACAUCAUGCAUCGUCUCCGGCUGGGGAAUAACAGACAAGAACCCUAAACACACAUCUGACGUACUCAUGGAGGUCAACAUAACACUCAUUGACAAAAAGCGUUGUCCGAAGGAACACUCGUACUGCUCUCAGGAUAAAAGUGGGCCGCGUAAUGGAGACUCUGGGGGUCCACUGGUCUGCGAGGAUGGAAAAGCAUACGGGGUGGUGUCCUCCUGCUUCAAACCAAACUCAGGCGGCCCGCUGAUCUAUGCUUUUGCUAAGAUUUCUGACUACAGAAGCUGGAUCGAUUCAACGAUGGAACAGCAUUAAAUAAACGUAAUGGCUGAUUGAUCAAAUUGCAACAUUUGAAUUUGCACUUUGUGUGUCAUUGGAGGGCUGAUAAUUAGGGCUGCUACUGCUGCAUCAAGACGACCUGUUUGCUUUAGACAGAUUUAAUCAAAAUAUGAUUUACUUUGAUAAAGCUGAAAGACUAAAAAACAUAAUCUGAAUGUGAUUUGUUUAGUUUAAAAAAGUGAGGUGUUGUGGCUUUUUAUGGUAUCGCUGCUUCUUCCUGCUGCUUCACAACUUGACAACUACACUUUUUUUUACAAUAAACCUCAGAUUAGAAUUGGGCAAAUAAAAAAGUUAAACCAUUCACAUGCUCUUAUAUUUUAAGGCUCGCACACAAAUUAAGUAUUGCUUUUAAGUGAAGACUAACUGCCAUUUAAUAGAUGAUUAUACUCAUUAAAUACAUUAAUGCCUUGUGCAUCAUCUCUUAAACUCGAUCAAAUGAGAACAGGAAGUUUGUUUUGUGCAAUCUUUUCAAUAAACUGUUGCUCUUGCACCAUG